AUGGCGCAACAAACGUCAACACCAACGACACAGUCCCCAACCAGCUCGUUCGACUUCUACUCCGAAGCCCUGGCUCGUCGAGCCUUGCCCUCGGACCCGGCCGUGCGCGCCGACAUCGAGCAUGUCCUCGAGCACGGCUACGUGGUCAUUCCCAACUGCUUCAGCGCAGACGAGGCCCGCGAGGCCCGCGACGAAAUCACGCGUCUUCUCCACAAGGACUCGACCGGCCAGCGGCCGCUGACCGGCCGCAACAGCUUCGAGGGCCUCAACACAAACCGCAUCUACUCGCUGCUCAACAAGACGAGGGUGUUUGACAAGUUUGUCAUCCUUCCUCGCGUGUUGGCGCUGAACGACUUCUUCCUCGAUCCGGGGUAUUUGCUAUCGGCAUAUCACACCAUCUCGAUCAACCCUGGUGAGAAGGCCCAGGCGUUGCAUCACGAUGACUAUUACAUCAAGUCUCCCCGCCCAAGGUUGCCGUUUGGAACGGCGAUAAUGGUCGCUUUGAAUGAAUACACGGCUGAGAACGGUGCCACACGAGUCAUCCCCGGUUCCCACAAAUGGGACAGCUCACGACGAGGCACGCCCGAAGAGACCAUCCCGGCGCUCUGUCCCGAAGGCGGCGUCAUCUACUUCGUCGGAACUUUAUGGCACGGCGGCGGACCCAAUUUCUCGGACAAGCCUCGCCAGAGCGCCACGGUGCAGUACUGCCAGCCUUUCGUCCGGCCGAUCGAGAAUCAAAUCCUGGCGGUCGAUCCGAGGAAGCUGGACAGCAUCCACCCACGCAUCGUCGACUUGAUGGGAUACACACACAUGGAGCCCUUCAUGGGAUAUGCCGACGGCAUGGGCCCUCGCAGGGCGGCGAGACGUAUGAUCAAGUGGCUCCAGGAGGAGGUCGACAACGAUCCCCCAACAUUUGCGCACGGGUUCAAAACCUCCAAGCUCUAG